GUUUCCUCAGUUUUCAUACAAUUUUUAUUUGACACGUUAAAUUCGCCAUCGAUGAAAUCGUUCUAGCGAUAAUUCGUUUGCCAGUUUCAUUGUUGUGUAUGCAUGUGCAUUCCCUAAUUAUUUUAUUUUUGUGAGCCUUUACAACUUUUCUUCGUUUUUUCGGAGAAUCUGUUUAUUUUUUAGUGAAGUUUACUAUAUAUAUUUCGUUAUGGAUGAUUAUGCGUUUUUGGACAAUGUAUUUUGCACUGCUAUAUUGCGAAUACUGGAAAUACCAGAUAUUCUCACAGAUUCACCAUCCAUCGACUUGGAUGAAGUGAAAUGUGACUUCGAAAAAAAUGGAACUUGCGAUGAGACAUAUUAUGAUCAUGAUACCACACGUGCACCACUGACCGAUAUACAAUCAAGGAUCAACAAGAAAAAAGCACAAAAAUUGGCCAAUGCACAGAACAAUUUCUGCCAGUUCUGUGAAAAUAAUCAAGAGCCUCCGAAAGUCUACAACAGUCACAGUUUGCGUGACAGUAAGGGCAAGCUUAUGUGUCCGAGGCUACGAAAGUAUGUAUGUCCAAUUUGUAAUGCGACAGGCGACAACGCUCAUACAGUGCGCUACUGUACCAAGAAACCGAUUUUUGUUAUUAAAGGCGGCAACGAUGCGGGUGUACUCAAGAAAAUACGUCCCAAAGCAAUUUUCAAGAAAACCAUUCGACUUUAAUUUCUAAUCGAAUUGUUAACUCAAUUAAGCCAUUUUACAUGUGGAACAUGUGUUCGAAAUAAUUAGUGGUGAGUUUACAAGCACAAUGCUUUGAUUUCUUUGUAGUAUUUUAAUCGUCCAUUUAGUUUAAGUAUUUAAUUCUAGCACGUUUUUAUAUAUGUGAUCAAUAUAAGGCAACAAUGCCGUAAAUUUAGAUGUUAUUGAUUUACAUCUGCUCCGAAUAAAAUAGAUUUGUUCCAAUCUCAAAUAGA